AUGGAUCAGUGUGAGGACAGAGAGGAGGGAGUCCCUCCCUCUAAAACCACUCUGUGUGGGGAACAUGAGAGCCAGACCAAAGCUCAAAGGAACCCACCUGGACCUGGACCUGGACCUGGACCCAGCUGUGUGUCCUUAAAGAGUGACCGGUCUAAACGUCGCUUCAUUAAUUUUAAAGGUCAGCGUGCGUCUGCUGCAGAGAGACUGACUCAGGAGGAAGAGGAGGACAGAGCAGAGCCUGCAGGAUCCAGCUGUCCGUCCAUGAGGAGUGACCGGUCCGAAGAUAGCAAUCCAUUCUUCAGUGAUGGACCAACAGAAGAGAGGAAGAGGAGCGAGGUCUGUGUGGAGGAGCGGCCGUCCUGCUGUGCUUCCUGUCAGGACGUCCUGAAGGAUCCGGUCUCUACCAGCUGUGGACACUGGUUCUGCAGACAGUGCAUCUCCUCAUACUGGGACCAGUCUGCUUCAUCAGGAGACUCCUCCUGUCCCCAGUGUGGACAAACAGAUGCUGGUCUGCAGGAGGUUUUAGAGGAACAUAAGAUCAGUUUGAGGAGGAGAUGUGAACGUGUGACUGAAGGAAGUGAUGAAACAGGAAGUGGAACCCUCCUGAACAGGAUCUACACUGAGCUCUACAUCACAGAGGGACAGAGUGAAGAGGUUCAUACCCAACAUGAGGUGAGGCAGCUGGAGACAGCUUCCAAGAAGACCGUCCAUGACAGACCAAUCAGGUGCCACGACAUCUUUAAAGCCUUCCCUGACCAACAGAGACCCAUCAGAGUGGUUCUGACCAACGGCGUCGCUGGUGUUGGAAAAACCUUCUCGGUGCAGAAGUUCAGUCUGGACUGGGCAGAGGGCUUGGAGAACCAACAUGUCAGUGUGGUGAUGCUGCUUUCAUUCAGGGAGCUGAACCUGAUCAGAGAUCAGCAGUACAGUCUUCUGGAGCUGCUCCAUGUUUUCCAUCCAACGUUACAGAAGGUCCCAGCAGAGAAGCUCGCUGUCUGGAAGCUUCUGUUCAUCUUUGACGGCCUGGAUGAAAGCAGACUUUCAUUGGAUUUCACCAACAGGAAGCUCGUGUCUGAUGUCACACAGAAGUCAUCAGUCAGCGAGCUGCUGACAAACCUCAUCGAGGGGGAGCUGCUUCCCUCGGCUCUCGUCUGGAUAACUUCCCGACCUGCAGCAGCCAAUCAGAUCCCUCCUAGAUUUGUGGACAGGCUGACAGAAGUACGAGGCUUCACUGACGCCCAGAAGGAGGAGUACUUCAGGAGGAGAUUCAGUGAUGAAGAGCUGUCCAGCAGAAUCAUCUCCCACAUGAAGACAUCCAGGAGCCUCCACAUCAUGUGCAGCAUCCCAGUCUUCUGCUGGAUCACUGCUACAGUUCUGGAGCACAUGCUGACCACAGAGCAGAGAGGAGAGCUGCCCAAGACCCUGACUGACAUGUACUCACACUUCCUGCUGGUUCAGACAAAGAGGAAGAAGAACAAGUACCAUGAGGGACAUGAGACGAGUCCACGGGAGCUGACGGAGGCUGACAGGGAAGUUCUUCUGAAGCUGGGGAGGCUGGCGUUUAAACAUCUGGAGAAAGGAGACAUCAUGUUCUACCAAGAAGACCUGGAGCAGUGUGGUCUGGAUGUGACAGAGGCCUCGGUGUACUCAGGAGUUUGUACAGAGAUCUUCAAAAGAGAGUGUGUGAUCUUCCAGAAACCGGUCUACUGCUUUGUUCAUCUGAGCAUUCAGGAGUUUCUGGCUGCAGUCUACAUGUUCCACUGUUUCACCAACAGGGAGACGGAGGAGCUGGAGAAGUUCCUGAUGAAUGAUGAUCAUUAUCAUUUUAAUGAUUAUGGGAACAUCUCAUCUCUGGAUGUUUUCCUUCAGAGAGUCAUGGAGAAAUCCCUUGAGAGUGAAAAUGGCCACCUGGACCUGUUUGUUCGCUUCCUUCAUGGCCUCUCUCUGGAGUCCAACCAGAGACUCUUAGGAGGUCUGCUGGGUCAGACAGAGAACAGUCCAGGAACCACCCAGAGAGUCAUCAACAGCCUCAACGAGAUGAACAGUGAUGAAAUCUCUCCUGACAGAAGCAUCAACAUCUUCCACUGUCUGAUGGAGAUGAACGACCUCUCAGUACAUCAGGAGAUCCAGGAGUUCCUGAAGUCAGAGAACAGAUCAGAGAAGAAACUCUCUGAGAUCCAGUGCUCAGCUCUGGCCUUCAUACUGCAGCUGUCAGAGGAGGUUCUGGAUGAGUUGGACCUGAACAAGUACAACACAUCAGAUCAGGGACGACAGAGACUGAUUCCAGCUGUGAGGAACUGCAGAAAGGCUGACAGCUGCACACAGAGACCAGUGUUGUUGGUCCAGCUCAGAAGACGACUUGUUGGAAUGAAGACGAGCUCGGAGUUUGUCUGCUUUAAGAACCGCACUGGGAAAAGAUUGAAGUACUGUGGUUUGUCAGAGAUCAGCUGUGAUUAUCUGGCAGCAGCUCUGAAGUCCAACCCCUCCCAUCUGAGACAGCUGGACCUGAGGGGAAACGAGCUGCAGGAUUCAGGAGUGAAGCAUCUGUGUGGUUUUCUGGAGAGUCCACGAUGUGUUCUUGAAACUCUGAGAUUGAUGAGCUGUGGUUUGUCAAAGAUCAGCUGUGAUUAUCUGGCAGCAGCUCUGAAGUCCAACCCCUCCCAUCUGAUAGAGCUGGACCUGAGGAGAAACAAGCUGCAGGAUCCAGAUGUGAAGCAGCUGUCUGAUCUUAGGGAGAGUCCACACUGCAGACUGGAGGAGCUGGAGUGGAGGAGCUGAUGGUAAACAGGAUGGUGUGUGUGCUGAGAGAGGAGGAGCUGUGUCCUGAUGAUCCAGAGAGGUUGAAGCAGCAGCAGCUUGUGUGCAGAGACGCUCUGACUGGGCCAUGUUACUGGGAGGUGGAGUGGAGAGGAGAGCUUCAUCCAGCAGUGACUGACAGAGGAAUGAGAAGAAGUGCAGAUGACUGUCAGUGCUGCAGAGUGAACUGCUCUGAGAACAGCUCCACUGUCACACACAAUGUAGAGUCCACCAUCAUCCCUGUGUGUCCCUGUGGAUCUGCCAGAGGAUCAUCAGUGGAUCUGGAUGCUCUGCUGCUGCUCUGUCCUUCUACACAGUCUCUGCAGAGUCUCUGUCUGACACUGGCUUCAGCUUUUCAGGCUUCAUUCUGGAUCACAGUCAGGAGAACAUCACCUGGAAAGGCCUCCAACAACAUCUCCAUCAUAGACACAAUGUUUUUAGGACUUACACAUCAGGUUUUGGUGCUUGGAGAUCAAAUAUGUGCCCAUCUAUAAGUUUCAGUGUUUUCCUUAAAGUAGUUUUUCAUCUAUUAGCAGAACAUUAAUAUUGAUACCAACCAUCUGUCUCACCUGCUUCAUUUAUAUAAUGCAGUC